UUCCUGGGUGGGGUUUGUGAAGUCGUGGCCCGUUAGCAGGAAGCCGAGCCAUCGCCCAGAUUCUAGCAAGAGACUGGACCCAAGCCGUCAGACUCAAGAGUCUAAACAUAGUGUGUGCUGCGUGAUCAGCCUUACCCUACAGCUUCCAGCCAAACUUUUCCAACUCCGCCGCUUUUGUCGCCACUAUGCCCAAGACGAUCAAUGUGCGUGUGACCACCAUGGAUGCAGAGCUGGAGUUUGCCAUCCAGCCCAAUACUACUGGCAAGCAGCUGUUUGACCAGGUGGUGAAAACUAUUGGCCUAAGGGAAGUUUGGUUUUUUGGUUUGCAGUACCAGGACACUAAGGGUUUCUCCACUUGGCUGAAACUCAAUAAGAAGGUGACUUCCCAGGAUGUAAGAAAGGAAAGCCCCUUACUCUUCAAAUUCCGGGCCAAAUUCUACCCUGAGGAUGUAUCAGAAGAACUAAUCCAGGACAUCACACAACGCCUGUUUUUCCUGCAAGUGAAGGAGGGCAUCCUCAAUGAUGAUAUUUACUGUCCACCUGAGACUGCUGUUCUGCUGGCAUCGUAUGCUGUCCAGUCCAAGUACGGGGACUUCAAUAAGGAGGUGCACAAGUCUGGGUACUUGGCUGGGGACAAGUUGCUGCCACAGAGAGUCUUGGAGCAGCACAAACUGAAUAAGGACCAGUGGGAGGAACGGAUCCAGGUGUGGCAUGAGGAACACCGUGGCAUGCUCAGGGAAGAUGCUGUACUAGAGUAUCUGAAGAUUGCCCAGGACCUGGAGAUGUAUGGAGUAAACUACUUCAGCAUCAAGAACAAGAAAGGAUCAGAACUUUGGCUUGGGGUGGAUGCUUUGGGUCUCAACAUCUAUGAGCAGAAUGACAGACUGACUCCAAAGAUAGGUUUCCCAUGGAGUGAAAUCAGGAAUAUUUCUUUCAAUGACAAGAAAUUUGUCAUCAAACCGAUUGACAAAAAAGCUCCGGACUUUGUAUUCUAUGCUCCCCGACUGAGGAUUAACAAGCGAAUCUUGGCCUUGUGCAUGGGGAACCAUGAGCUAUACAUGCGACGCCGCAAACCUGACACAAUUGAGGUGCAGCAGAUGAAGGCACAAGCUCGGGAGGAGAAGCACCAGAAGCAGAUGGAGCGUGCCCUCCUGGAAAAUGAGAAGAAGAAGCGUGAACUGGCAGAAAAGGAGAAGGAGAAGAUUGAACGGGAAAAGGAGGAACUAAUGGAAAAGUUAAAGCAGAUUGAGGAACAGACUAAAAAAGCUCAGCAAGAACUGGAGGAACAGACCCGCAGAUCUCUUGAACUUGAACAGGAGCGGAAACGUGCCCAGAGUGAAGCUGAAAAACUGGCCAAGGAGCGUCAAGAAGCUGAAGAGGCCAAGGAGGCCCUGUUGCAGGCCUCCCGAGACCAAAAGAAGACUCAGGAACAGCUGGCUUCAGAAAUGGCAGAGCUUACAGCACGAAUUUCCCAGCUGGAGAUGGCUCGACAGAAGAAGGAGAGUGAGGCAGUGGAAUGGCAGCAGAAGGCUCAGAUGGUGCAAGCGGACUUGGAGAAGACUCGUGCUGAAUUGAAGACUGCCAUGAGUACUCCUCAUGUAGCAGAGCCUGCUGAGAAUGAACAGGAUGAGCAGGAUGAGAAUGGAGCAGAAGCUAGUGCUGAUCUGCGUGCUGAUGCCAUGACCAAGGAUCGCAGUGAGGAGGAACGUACCACUGAGGCAGAGAAAAACGAGCGUGUGCAGAAGCACUUGAAGGCCCUCACUUCGGAGCUGGCCAAUGCCCGUGAUGAGUCCAAGAAGACUGCCAAUGACAUGAUCCAUGCUGAGAACAUGCGACUGGGCCGAGAUAAAUAUAAGACCCUACGCCAGAUUCGACAGGGCAACACCAAGCAGCGCAUUGAUGAAUUUGAAUCCAUGUAAAAAGCACUCAGCCUCUAGGAACAGCCCCCCCCCGUCUCUUGCCUUCACACGCCUAUACUCUUGCUUAACACUGUGCUUGAACCACUAAAGUCCUGGAGUCAUGCCAAAUAUUCAGUGCAGUCAUGAAACCAAACCCAGCCCUCAGCCUUCACUCACUUUCCCAGGUAGAGAGUUAACCUUACUUUAGUGACAAUGGAAAUCCCUUUUUUUAAUUUCUUACAAGACACCACUUCCCCAGAUCAAAGGCACUUCCCACUUGAUUCAGGAAACACAUUUAUAUCUAAUCUUGUUCUGCAGGAGUAUAAUAUGAGGUUAAUUAAUCCCACUACCUUGCUCCUCACCGCAAUCAUCUUUAAGGUUAUUUGAUUUGAGAAUUGGAUCAUCAUAGAGUUUGAGGAAAGAGAUAGUGUCUUGCAUAUAUGCUUUAAGAUGUCAACUGUCCUAGGUUUAUGGUUCUCAGUGUUUAUUCAUAUUGCAGUUACUUAUAUGAUUGGUGGCUAAAUAGAUAUUUAGUGAUUUCACAUCCUGAAUUGGUCCUGUUACUAAUUCAGUUAAAAUGAUCUGUGUCCUUAAUUUUCAGGGACUAGGUUUUUCUCCAGAUUAAGAUGAAGGAGACAGUUCCUUCUAUGGUUUCACCAACAUCCUAAAGGUAAUGAUCCUUCUAUCUAUCCAAGGCUAGAUUAAAGAUCGUGCCUUAAUACCUAAUAGGAAACUAGGCCUGUUUCAAGUGUUGUCUGUAAAAGGAUUCUCUUCUGAAUCUUUCCCCUCUUUUUAGGAUCUACUCCUUUUUAUUACAGUCCUCAAAUUCCCUUGAGUUAAAAUAGAUGCUUACUUUAAAAUUUAACCAGCCACGUUAAGGACUUUUGCCAAAGAGAUCAAAUAUUCACAUUUGAUUUUGGUAUUUUUUACUGUCAAGUGUCCCAGGUCACUUCUCCAGUUAUAGAUAUUUGGGCAACAGCUCUUAUCGAGAGUUAUGUAGAUAUGAUACCCCUUGAUUCUUUUGGUGAGUGGGUUGAAGAAGCUAAGUGUAGUGAGAAUCCAAUGACUUAUAUCCCAUAUUUUCUUAAACUCUCUAGGUGCUUUGUAGAUCAUUGCUCCCAUUCCAUAUAAGGUGGUGACUGAAUCCUGUCUUUGUAUGAGAAGUCUUUAAAACCAGGCCUUGCUAUUAGCUGUGCUUUCCCUGGGAGCUAUAAACCAGAGAACUGUUGGGUGUCCUGGCUUGGGCCCUCACGUAUUAUCACAACUUACCCUAAACUCUCAAGUAGCCUCUUUAUUCUCUGUCUCAUAUAUCUCAUUUAUUUCUAUCAGUAUUGCGUAGCAUUGUAGCACUGUCCUCCCGUUGUUCAUUGAUUUGUUCGAGCGGGCCCAGUAAAGUCUCCAUUGUGAGACUUGUUAUUACCGUGUUUGGCAUAUCGAGUAUAUCACGGGUAGCUUGCCAGGCUUUGCCAUGUGGGUGAGAUACUCUUGGUAGCUUGCUGGGCUCUCCGAGAGGGGCGGAGGAAUUGAACUCGGGUCGGCCGCAUGGGCCACGUGCAAGCCAAACACCCUACCCACUGUGCUAUGGCUCCAGCCCACCAGUAUUGCGUAUAUAGUGGUAUUCAACUUUUUAUUGAUCUCUAUAUUUCUUGCUUCUUGAACCCUUGGAUUAAUUCUUGGGGGGAAAGGAUCAUUUUGGCCUUAUUUCCUUACUAUCCCACAAUUUGAGAAUCAUAUGUAUAUUAUAAAAGAAUAUUUUGCCUAAAGCAUUCAUGUAAGACACUUUUCAUAUUAUUGAUAUCUCCUGUUAUUAUAGGCCAUGCAAUCUAUUCCUAAAGCACUAGAUAUUUGGUUUUAUUGUUAUUUACUAGUUUAUUUUCCCUAAAAUUCAUUCUCCUUAGGGCCAUACUAUCUUCCCAUGUAGUGUUUUGAGUUCAGAAUCCAUUGGCUGGCUUUUGGGAGUACUAUAUGCUUUGCUGUGAAUUAUAUUGAUAUUUCCUUGAUGACAUGCCCCAUAUUGACUAAAAUGAAGCCUGGAGUUUAGGGACCAUUUAGCUGCUUUAAGGGCAAUUUCAAAUCCUAGGGAGACUGGGUAGAAAGAAUAGAUUUUGUAUUCAUAUUUUUGUGUAUUUUAGGGGGGAGGGUUAACAUUGAUUUGGGAGGGGUUUAUGUUCAACCCUUGUUAUAUUUCAGUGCCAAUAAAAUUUAGGAAGACUUUAUUGUGAUGAAAUAUUUUGUGUGGCAUUACUAGUUGUCUGCAAAGUAAUACAUAACUAUAACUUACGCUCUAUAAAUCACCUUCUAAUCCUUAGUCUUACUUUAUUUUCACUUCAGUUCUAUGGAGAAUAGAUAUGACUACCCUCAUUUAUAAACAUAAGAUAAUGCUC